UUCAAUUAUUCUAUGUUUACACUCGUUAUACUAUGAGUACCAUUGUAGUUUGCAUUGUACUCGUUAAUGUGUAAGCAUAGUAUUAUUUUUAUUUUGUUUUUUCGUUUGUCUUAUAACAAAUAUUGGAUAAGUGAGAGCCUUCUUGCUGAAUCUCUGUCGUUUAGGGAGUUUAAUGUUCUUCGUAAAUAUGUAUUGAUGUUUUUAUAUGGCAUAUUAUUUUUACUGUCUACAGGGUGCAUUGUUUAUAUGUAUCGUAGUUUACCGUUAAUAACGCAUCCAUUGGCAAAAGUGUAGACAUAACGAACAAAUCAAUAAUUGCUAUCUACGUUAUGUCAACUCUGUAUCUAUAGUUGGAUUUUACACAUGGGUGUAUGGUAGAACAUUUAAUUGAACAACCUCAAGCCUCGGCAAACUUGUUCACAUACCACUCGUUUACGCCAUAUGAUUCAAUGCGCAGCAAUACCUUGCGGAAUAUUGGUAGCACUAUGACACCCAAUAUGAUGCAUAACAGGCCUUCUAUCAGCAAACCAUCCACUAGACCUCGCGAAUCUGAAGGUCUAUACUACUUUUGCAACGUAACUUACACAAUUCCAGAGCGUCUAUCAUCCAGAAGCCCAGUAAGCGCGGUACCAACUCUCCAACGUUCAUUAGUGCAUUGAGAAGGGCCAUAUAAGUUCCUCCUAUUGACGGAUCUGAGACGUCAGCAAACAGGGCAACCAAUGCUACGCAAACCACAAGUUCGCAAAUAUGUCUAAGUAUAGAGAGUACUACAACUGGUAUGUAGAAUAAAACAGUUACCAAUUGACUGUGCGGCAUUGUAGUGUAGUACAAGCCUGCCACAUACGUCAACCCUGCGGUGAAAUUAAUUGUAAAGUAAUAGGAACUUA